AUGCUUGACUGGUCUGCAGGCCCACUUCGCGCUGCCGAUGCGCUUUCUGCUCCCCUCAACGAGGGUGUGUCCUGCAUUGAUGAGCCCCCAGAUACCCCGGCGCAUGUGUUUGCGCUUCGUGCUUUUAAGACCGCCAUCUUUGGGACCCCUCAUCCUGAACAACAAGUGACCGUGGGAAAGCCCGAGAUCAAAAAAAACCCCGCAGCUCUCAAAGGGACAAACGCCUCCAAGCAAACGGGUGAAGUGCUGAACUUGACUGGUGAAUCGAGGAGAGUGUCAGACGAACAAAUCCCAUCUCCGACGAAAGGAAUUCUCUUGACACCCGGAAUUGGGACCUCGCGCAGAAAGAAUGUUUCAUUCAUGCAUUUUCAAGAAGAAGUGGGCUCUUCCAAUGUCGGAGAUAUUGAAGCCGAGGAGGUGGCCUCUAGCCAGGAUAAUUCACCAACCAGAAGGAGGCAUAAGCGCGACAUGCGACCACGGCCAUCGAGUCUCACCAGGAAACUUGUUGGAAUGUCGAAGCGAGAACCAAUUGAGGCGGUAGAGAUGGAGCAGAAUCGCUUGCAGACCUUCGACUCGGCGGUCCAGUUAGAAUUGGAAAACGAUGUCGACCACGCAGUGCAAACGUCUCCUGACCAUACACUUGACCUUUCGCAGCCGCGGUCACAGUCAGGCCAGCACUGGAAAACAGAGUACGAUCAGUAUCUGGGAAGAUCGAGAAGUGAAAUCAAGAGGGUCUUGCAGCACGGACAAAAUGUCAAAUCUUAUGCAGUUCAAAAAGACGCUGAGGCAGCAAUGCUUAGUGAGAGAUUGCGGUUUGAGGAAGCGAAGGUUCGAGCUUUAGAGCGCAGGGUAUCGAAAUUGACAGACCAGUUGGAUGUAGCCCAAACACAGGAUCCCAAGGGCCAAGGUGAAUACGCCAGACUGGUGAGCGAGCUAGCGCAGCAGACAGCUCUCGUUGCCAGGCACAAGAGGUCAUUAGAGCGACAUGAGGGAUUGGCGUUUGAAGAUUGCAGCUGCGAUAGCAAGAUUCCCGUUCCAAGAGCGCAUGGCGAAAGCUUAGAAAAACAGCUGAGGAGCUUGCGCGAAGCAGCCCAAGAAGCUGGGCAGAGGGCUGAAAAAGCCGAAGCCGAAAACACGGCCCUAAAGCAAUCCCUCGCCCGGGUCAAGGAAGAGAUGAUGGGCUACGAAUCUAGACGGAAAACAAGAGAAGAGCGAUUGAAAAACAAGGAAGGAAAGUUCAAAGCUGCGAAGGACCUUGCUGAAGAUCAACUCUCCCAUUUGAGGCAAGAGCAUCAGAAGCUGUUAGAAAGUAGGAAAGAGCAGUACACUCCCUCAGCCGGACGAAGCUCAAGAAUGGGGCAACGAUCAUCAAAUGGCAACAAGUCUCAAUUGCAAAUUCAAGGGCAAAGGCACCAGAUCUUGUCACCAAAGUUGCUCAAAGAAAAUCAACGACCAGGAAAGUCAAUCUCUCCUCGGAGGAGACGACAGCAAAACCCGGCUAUUGAUAUCUGGACAAUGAGCAGCCCCAGAGGAGACAACAAGCAUGAUAAGAUAGCCAAGACACAGGAGAUAUCAGACCUACCACCUUCCAGCGUCAAACAGGAUAUACAGAAGGCGCUCAAAGAGAUCAACCUCAACAUCAUCCCCCACCAGAGCUUUGGGAUGUCGUCAUAUACAACUUCUGAGAAGCCGCUUGGAGUGAGUCCGGGUGCCAUCGGCAAGAAGGAACCGCUUGGAUACGAAGACGGUGUCCCCGUUUGGAUGGAGACAUCACCCACAAUACCACAACACCUUGCCUCAUCGCGUGCCAAGCUCCAACAGCAAUCCGGAGGUUUUGACUCUGCUGAAACGCGAGAAACGUCGUAUCCGACCAUUGGCCGCUCGGCGUCCAUGCUGUCCGGGUCCAGAAUUGGACCUACAAGGAUUGACUCGAUAACUUCCACCAAGAGCAAUAGAACGCCGAUGACUGCUGAGGGUAAGGCUGCGGCGAGGGCGAGGUUGGCCGAGAAGAACGCUACGAAAAAGCAGCCUAUCGAAGGAAAUUGA